AUGGGUGGUCAGGAUGUUGCAGACGAGUUUUUGGGUGAAUAUGAAGAUGUCGCGACAUUAGAUGUGGAUGACAUAAAGCGGAUGCGGUGGGAUAGUGUUGACGCUGCUUAUGAGUUUUACAGGAGGCUGGGAAUGUGUCAUGGAUUCGGCGUCAGGAAGGGUGAUUCAGGCAAAGACUGUAGAGGAAAUCUGAUUAGAUAUAGGUUUUUUUGUAACAAGGAAGGGUUGAGGGAUGGGAGACACAACGACCGAGUUGAUAGACGGAGGGCACACAAACCUGAGACACGAACCAAUUGUGAGGCUAAGCUCUCCAUAUACUUUGAUAAGAUUGAGCGUUGUUGGAAGGUGCGAAAAGUUGCGACAGAACAUAAUCACGACUUGACGCCCGCAUCAAUGGUCCAUCUGAUAGCCAACCAUCGUGAAAUGACCGAUGCAGCAAAGGCUCAGAUUGAUGGGUUGCAUGCUAGUGGCAUUGCGACAUCGAAGAUUGUUGGAUACAUGGCCGGAAUGGCUGGUGGGUACUCGUUGUUGGGUUUCUUGAAGAAGGAUGUGUACAACUACGCCGACAGAACCCGGCGCGCUAACAUAUCAGAUGGCGAUGCGAAUGCGGCUGUUGUUUAUCUGGAGGGAAAGGCUGGUUCGGAUCCCAUGUCAGUUGCUAGAUAUAGUGUAACAAAAGACGCAAGGCUGGCAAAUUUAAUUUGGGCCAAUGGAGCUAGUAGAGUUGAUUAUCAACAUUUUGGAGAUGUGCUGGCCUUCGACUCGACAUAUAAGAAAAACAAGUACAAAAAACCUCUUGUGAUUUUUUUAGGGUCAAACAACCACAAGCAGACCACAAUUUUUGGGUUUGGUCUAUUAUUUGACGAGAGUGUCAGUUCUUACAAGUGGAUGUUAGAAAAUCUGCUUGAGGUGAUGUGCAUGAAGAAACCGUUUGUGGUUGUGACUGACGGGGAUAAGGCGAUCAUAAAGGCAGUUCGAUCUGUUCUUCCUGAUUCGACACACCGACUGUGUGCCUGGCAUAUUGAGAAGAAUGUUACCUCAAACGUGAAAGAUGCAGUUUUACGUAGCUCUUUUAGAAGAUGGUUGUAUGUUGACAUGGAAAUAGAGGAGUUCGAGAUGGAAUGGGAGCGUGCGGUUGCUGAGUAUGACCUAUAUGACAAGGAGUGGGCCACCCAAAUGUAUGAGAGGAGGAUGAUGUGGGCAAAUGCAUAUCUGCAAGGCAAGUUUUGCGCCAGUUUCCGGACAACGUCUCGAUGUGAAGGGGUUAAUGCCUUUGUAAAAAAGUUCUCGAAGACAACGCACACUAUACUUGAGUUGGUUCAGAAUUUGGAAUUGGUGGUCCGGGAGUACCGAAACAAAGAUUACUACUCCACUUCAACUCAAUGA